AUGGCCCCCAAGCGCGCACGCCCCGCCGACCCGACCUACCGGGAUACGGGUCCCAAAGACGAGGCCGACGUCGAUGUCGACACCAGGCCCACAAAGCGUGCGAGAGGAAAGGCACCAAAGCAAGCCAACCGAGCCGGCCACAGAAAGGCGAAGACUAAGAUAGACGCGGUGAAGAAGAAAACCGAAGACGAGUGGAAAAAAAAGCACCCACAUUUAACAGCAAACCUGGCCGUCCCAGCCUGGGGCGCGGAGAGCGACGCAGACCCGCAUGUCAACGCUGCAAUCAGGGACGAAGCCAAAAAGCAUAACAAAGUGCAGGGGACGAAGACCUCGGCCCUGAUGGCGGGUGCUGUUCGCGCUGCGAUCGUCAAGGAAGCCAAAAAGGCGACCAAAGCUGCGUGCGAGGCGCGGAAGAACGCAUAUAAUGCCGUGAAAGCGUUGGGGUUGUGUGACUUCGAUCAGCAACGCGCAGGAAUUCGGCAGGCGCUAAAGGGGGCCCAUGUCCAGGCCCUUGAGACCGCGGAGGAGAUAACAAAAGACGAGCUCAAGGAGCUCAAGGAGCACGCGGCGAAGGCAUACAUGAAGGCGCAGAGUAUUGGCCUGCAGCUCGGCCACCCGUUUGCGGCGCGGAACGGCGGCUGGACGCUCCUCCGCGAGGACCAGCAGGACGAGCUUUUGCAUCAGUUGAUGGACCAGUCGCACUCUGAGGCGGACCUUGCCGAGGCCAAGUUCCCCAUGCCCGGACGGUUUGGGUUUGCGCGUGCCCCGGCCGGGGCUAGAGACCCCAACAAGCCGAAGAAGCGGGUUGUUGCGCUGGACUGCGAGUUUGUGAAGAAUGCAAGAGAACAGAGUAUGCUGGCGCAGCUUGUUGUGGUCGAUAUGUUGACGGGGAAGGUGCUGGACGAUGUACUUGUCGACACCCCGGAGCCGAUUGCCGACUAUGCCACGGAGUAUAGCGGACUGACGCCAGCCACGUAUGAUCGCUACCGUAAACUGGACCUGGUUCUCCCCAAUGUGGCCGCCGCACAGGCCGCGCUCUUCGAGCACAUCGAUGACCAAACCAUCAUUGUUGGCUAUGCGGUGCACAACGACUUCGAGCAGCUGAAGCUGUGCCAUACGCGCGUGGUCGACCCCCAGCUGUUGAUUCGACGCGCCGUCGAAAACAAAUAUGGCCGCGAUUUUGGAGCGCGGCUGCAGUAUUUGUGGAAGCUGAAGCAUCUGAUGGUGGACCUGGUAGGCAGAUACGUGCAGCUGAGCAAGAAGGGACAUGAUUGUGUGGAGGAUGCGUUUGCGGCGAGGGAGCUGGUUAUCUGGUGGCUUGCGAAGGAGAAUGCGAAGCCCGUCCGACGGUGGGUGAGGAUGAUGGCCAGGGAUCAGAGCAGGUAUCUUGGACGGACCCCCUGGUUGCAUGACAUGGAGUGGACCGACAGAUUGACGCCUGAUUCCGAGGACUCCGAGGCCAAUCCAGGUGGGAGUGAAUCUUCUGCAUCGGGGGAGGCUGAGGCCAAUCCGGAGGAGUAA